UCUUUUCUGCCUCUCCUUUGUCAAGGUCCAUCAUGAAUGAGAAAUGGGACUCAAACUCUUCAGAAAACUGGCUUCCCAUCUGGAGUGUCAAUGACACAAAGCAUCAUCUGUACUCAGAAAUUAAUGUUACCUAUGUGAACUACUAUCUGCACCAGCCCCAAGUGGCAGCAAUCUUCAUCAUUUCCUACUUACUGAUCUUCUUCUUGUGCAUAGUGGGAAAUACUGUGGUUUGCUUUAUUGUAAUGAGGAACAAACAUAUGCACACAGUCACCAAUCUCUUCAUUUUAAACCUGGCCAUCAGUGAUUUACUAGUUGGCAUAUUCUGCAUGCCUAUAACACUGCUGGACAAUAUCAUAGCAGGAUGGCCAUUUGGAAAUACAAUGUGCAAGAUCAGUGGGCUGGUCCAGGGAAUAUCGGUUGCAGCUUCAGUCUUUACUUUAGUUGCAAUAGCUGUGGAUAGGUUCCGGUGUGUCGUCUACCCUUUUAAAUCGAAGCUCUCUAUCAAGACAGCACUUGUCAUUAUCGUGAUCAUCUGGGUCUUGGCCAUCACCAUCAUGUCUCCAUCUGCAGUAAUGUUACACGUGCAAGAAGAAAAAUAUUACCGAGUGAGACUCAACUCGUACAAUCAAACCAGCCCAGUCUACUGGUGUCGGGAAGAUUGGCCCAACCAGGAAAUGAGGAAGAUCUACACCACUGUGCUGUUCGCCAACAUCUACCUGGCUCCCCUGUCCCUCAUUGUUGUCAUGUAUGGAAGGAUUGGGGUUUCACUCUUCAGGACUGCGGUGCCCCACUCGGGCAAGCAGAGCCAAGAGCAGUGGCAUGUGGUGUCCAAGAGGAAGCAGAGAGUGGUGAAGAUGCUCCUGAUCGUGGCCCUGCUCUUCAUCCUCUCCUGGCUGCCCCUGUGGACUCUGAUGAUGCUCUCGGACUACGCCGACCUUUCUCCAAAUGAGCUGCGGGUCAUCAACAUCUACGUCUACCCUUUUGCACACUGGCUGGCCUUCGGCAACAGCAGCGUCAACCCCAUCAUCUAUGGUUUCUUCAAUGAGAAUUUCCGCCGUGGGUUCCAAGAGGCUUUCCAGCUCCAGCUCUGCCCAAAAAAGGCAAAGCCCAGGGAAACCUAUGCCCUAAAAGCUAAGAACAGUGCGGUCAUAAGCUCAUCUAAUCAGCAUGCCCAGGAACCUACAUUUCAAAACCCACAUAGGGAAAAUUUGCUUUAUAGGAAAAGUGGUGAAAAACCCAGCCAGGAAUUAGUGAUGGAAGAAUUGAGAGAAGCUACCAAUAGCAGUCAGAUUUAACAAAAGCGAGUGUGAUAGUCCUAAUUCUACUGUGUGUUAUAUAUUUAAAUACUGUUGCUUUUUUGCCUUUGGAUUUCAAUUAUUUCUGAAAAUGUUCCAAAGAGAACAUUUACAGAAAGCUCUCUCUGGGAAAAAAAAAAAAGUCAACUAAAAUGGUCUUAUGAUCAUAACCAAUCUUAUGGUUUAUAUAAAAUAUGUGCAGUGACUCAUACAUAUUUGCCUGAAUAAAUACAUCUCUAGGAAACAGUU